AUGGGUAAUCUAAUCCGAUUACUGCUAGUAGUGCUGGCUUGUUUGCAUGUUGAAGCAACGCUUGCACAUCGUGCAGGUUCGAACUGUACCACAAUUUCCAAAAGACGAGAAUGGGCGAAUAUGGCAGAUGCCGAUAAGAAGGCCUAUAUCGCUGCAGAGCAAUGUCUUUUCAAAUCACCCCAAAAACUCAAUAAGAUGCCUGGCGCAAAGACUCGUUGGGACGAAUUCGUGUCUCUACAUCAAAUCCAUGCUCUUCAAAUCCAUAGCACUGGACAAUUCCUGCCAUACCAUCGGUACUUCCUCAACGUUCAUCAAGCUUUGCUAGCUGAAUGUGGGUACACUGGCGGUCUUCCAUGGUGGGACGAAACCAAAGACGCCGGAAAAUUCUCCAAAGCCAAAGUUUUCGACAAAAUCCUCGGAUUCGGUGGGAGCGGUCAAGGCUCGAAAAACUGCGUAGCCGAUGGACCAUAUGCCAAUUUACAGGUCAACAUUGGUCAAGGCUUUCAGACAAAUCCUCGCUGCGUCAAUCGCAAGUUGACUGACAGUUUGAGCUCUAGCUGUAGUGCGAAGGACGUGGCUACUGCCAUAAGUGGUAAAGAUUAUGAUGCUGCUUGGCUUGCUAUCUACAUGGGACCUCAUUUGUAUGGUCAUAUGGCAUUAGCAAUGAUGGAUGGAGAUUCAAUCACCUCGUCCGGCGAUCCUCUCUUCAUGAUGCAUCACGGCUUCGUCGACAAGAUGUGGUGGGAUUGGCAAAGCAAAGAUCUCGCAAAACGACUAACCGACAUGGGCGGUCCUAACGCUCAAGAUCCCGCCGUAGGUUUCAUCGAGUUUGGUGGAGGUACCGAGUCGCAAUCCAAGAUGUGGGGAAAACCAACUGCUGCCAUGCUGGCUGUUACUCCAGACCCUACUGCUGGCGAUAAUGGUAAUAUCACCACCUUAAACCAUGUGCUUUCGUCUCUGGGAAUCAUUCCAGAUGCAACUGUCAGAGAUGUCAUGGAUAUCAAGGGCGGGUAUCUGUGUUAUGAAUAUGUUUGA